UAACGUCUAUUUUUGACCUUUCCGUGCCCCUUGUUGCUGAUCGUCAGCGAAAACAAUCACACACAAACCAAUAAUCCAUGCGCCACACCGCAUCUAGCUCGGCAAAGGGAGGGGCGUCGUCGCCGUACGUACAAGGCCUCGCUCCGUCCAGCAAGUCCAUCCAACAGUUGAUGGACGACCAGGAAGCAGCCUAUAUCCGCGUGACCAACCCCGAGCCUGAAACACGAGGGGUUGCACCUCUGAGACACCGAAGCCACAUCGUGCGGGACAGAUAUUUCGCCGCCGCCGCAGCUGUCUCCACCUCUCCCAAAGGCUAUCCACCUAAAAACAACUAUACCAAACAAACACGACCAGGCAAGGGGGCCGCGACGCGUUCGGACGCGCCUCUAUCGUCACCAUGUCGCACUCCACCCCGCCCCACGUCGGCCGUCACCAAUGCCUCGACGCAUGCAGCCCUUGCCAAAAAGCGGAUCACAUCGUUUGAGCAUCGCCGAUUGAACCAUUUCUACAACCGUCAAGUGUUUUCGCUGGGGGGUAACAACAUGCCGAGCGACCAGCGACUGGAGAUGGCACCGAGUUUGCCAAGCGCCAGUGUACCCUACCACGUCCGCGACAACGACAGAGGGUCCGGCUCGGAGGAUGAAGUAGAUAAGGAUAACUUUGACACUGCCGAGGACGAGGACGGAUUCGACGAACGAAUUCUGGAUGCCCAUCCACAGACGGACGACCUUUACGACCAGUGCUUCGAGGCGGACUGGACGGCGAGUCAGAUCGAAAAGGUGGUCAAAGAUGGCGUUGAGUGCCGACGGAUCUACGCGGCGAUCAAGCCGCAUUACCGCGUUCUCGUGUGUUUGUUUCGAUUGCAUGCUACGGUCGCCCCCACCCCCACGGACCCAUGCUUUCGGUUGACGGCAAAGCUAAAGUUGCUCGAAGGGCUCAACGUCGUUGUCGCCGACCCCACUCGCCAUGGCAUCAACGAUCAACCGAUGCCCCGGCAUGGAUUGCUUCCGUUUGUCGUGCAUAUAGCGCAGGUAUACUUGAAGCGCGAAGAGCUCGUGAUCAUGCUCAAGCGCUUGGCUCGCGAAGGCUUGGACACGUCGUCGGCAUUGCAUCACCUGCUGCAUGACAAUAUCCUUCCGUAUGCCAACAUCCAGGACGGGCAACAUUUUCGUCGCCUGUUCCACAAUCAUCCGGACAUCCAAAGCGUGCACUUCAAGUACGCCACCGCCGUGGCAAAGGUGUUUCAAAUGCACGCAACGCUUGCGACGAGCGACCCCCUCUUGGGCUCGGGGCAGGGGAACCCCCCUCCGGACGUUCGAUUUCUCAAACUCGCUGGGUUCUUGUCUAUCCUGUCGUCGCUGCAUCAAAUGGACGCCAAGUUUGACGAUGUCAAAGCCACGCAUGUGUUUGUAUCGUGCUUACCCGUUUGGCCCGACGACUUGGCGGUGGUGGCCCAAGAGCUGACGUUGUCAACAUUCCAAGAAGCUCUCACCAAGGUACUCAUUAGCAUUUUUAGGAUACAUUACGUUUACACUGGAACCGUUAGGCAGCGUAUUUUAAGUGCGCGCUGGCGUUGUGCAACGGCGACGACGAUGUUUGUCCUGGACGGGCCAACUCGGAACGGUGCAAAUGUCAUCCGAAUGUCGUAGCAGAUGAAGAGCGGUACUCGUUGCACGUGUUGGUGGACACGUUACAAGUCAUGCUUACUAAAUGUGGAGCGCCCGCGGGCCGACGGUCUCGGAGACAAUCGAUCAAGCAUGACUCCCUCGUGAAGGUGUAGCACCUAUGCUAGCCCUCAACUGUUGUCGCUACGGCAUUGUAAAUAAUAUGAUAAUAUGAAGCGAUUAUUGUAGUGUGG